AUGAACAAGAACAAAGUUCUGCAGGUUUGGAUGGGGAUCUUGCUAUGCUCUGUGAACGGAUUACUGGGCUCGGCUCUGGAGUGCUCCGAUCACGAUCUUACGGGAGCGAUAUGCUCAAUUUCUGUAGAGAAACUUCUGGAUCGAGCGAUCCAGCAUGCUGAGCUCAUCUACCGCGUCUCGGAUGAGGCCAGGACGUUGUUUGAGGAGAUGUUCAUCCCUUUAGCGAUAUCUGCUCAUCAAAGCUAUGGAGGCAACUCUUGCACAUCUAAUCUUGUACACGUCCCUACAUCCAAGCUUGAAAUUCAGCAAAUUUCGGACAAAUGGCUCCUUCACUCAGUCUUGAUUCUGGUUCAGUUCUGGAUCGAUCCACUGGCUGACCUGCAGGAUUCUCUCGACAGGUAUGACAACGCACCCAGCUCUCUCCUCAGCAAGACCAGGUGGAUAUCAACCAAGCUGAUGAACCUUAAGCACGGGGUGCUUGUUCUUAUGAGUAAGAUGCUGGAUGAAGGAAGUCUGGAGCUGGAAAAUAACGAGAGCAUGACACGCCACAUGGUUGCUCCUGCCAUGGCAGAGCAUGUGCUGAGGGACUACACGGUGCUGACCUGCUUCAAGAAGGAUGCUCACAAGAUGGAGACGUUUCUAAAACUGCUUCGUUGCCGCCAAACUGAUAACCUAAGCUGCCCAUUUUUCUAG